GGGCCAGGGCCAUGCGGCGCAAGAGGAGCGGGAGGGGGAGGGGGGCGGCGGCGGGGGCCCCGCGCUUCGUGGUGCACGAGACGGAGGAGGCGGCGCUGGUGCUCGUGCCCGCGGAGGGCGGCGGCGGGGGCGCGCGGGGGCCGCGCAAGAGGCGGCGCGUGGCGGAGGCGGAGGCGGGCGGGGGGUCCCCGGCGGGCGGGGGCGAGUGGGGGUCUGGCCUCCCGGCCGAGCUGCUGGUGCGGGUCUUGGGGCUGGCGGCGGCGGCGUCCGGGGGGGGCGCGGGGGCCUUCCUCUGCCGGGCGGCCUGCGUUUGCCGGCUGUGGUACCGGGCGGCGGCGGCUCCGGUGCUGUGGCGGACGGUGGCGGUGGGGCGCUGCUGGGCGGCCCCGGGGCAGAAGUGGGUCCCCGCGCAGCAGAAGCGGGCUCUGGGCACCCUGGAGUGGCUGGCGGCCCACCGGUUCUCCCUCCUGCGCGACUUCACGCUCAGCCACUGGAAGAGCCUCGUCCCGGCCGUCCUGCAGGCUCUGGCCGCCUCCAGCCCGCACCUGGCCACCCUGCGCCUGGCCCAUUGCGGCGGGGUGACCGCCGAGCCCCUUCGCCUGCUGGCCACGUCCUGCCCGCGACUGGUGAGCCUCAACCUGCAGGGGUCCCAGGUGGACCCUUGGGCGGUCACCAGCUUCCUGGAAACGGCAGGCGUCCGCAUGGAGCAGCUCUCCCUGACCUACAGCAGCCGCAUGAGCGCCAUUUUUGCUCUUCUGGUGGGCGGCUGCUGCCCGGACCUGCGGCUGCUAGAGGUGAAUGCCGAAAUCAAGCAGAGCACCCAGCACUUCCAGCUGCCCAUUGAACAGCUCCAGGCUGCCUGUCCGCAACUGCAGGUGCUGCGUCUGCUCAACAUCACCUACUACCCAAAGCAACUUCCCACCUCUUCCCCACCAUCCCCGGGCUUCCCGCAGCUGGAGGAGCUCUGCCUGGCCACCACAGCUUUCUCCUAUGUGGACAACCACAUGCUGUGGCGGAUUCUGAGCACCUCCAGCCGGCUCCGUGUCCUUGACCUGCGUGGCUGUGUCCGUGUGACGCCCAAAGGGCUGGAGCAGCUGACCUGCCCAGAUCUGGAGCAGCUCUACCUGGGCCUGCACUACAGCGACAGCAACCUGUCCCGGCCUCUGGAAGGCAGCCCCCUCCUCACCUGGAAGUGGCGACACAGCCUGCGGGAGCUGGACCUGACCAGCCAGAGCUUCAGCGAGGAAGACCUGGAGCAGGCCAUGGCCGCCUUCACUCAGGGAGCGGGCGAGGGAGGGGCACCGCUGCUGCGCUCCCUCAGCCUCACGGGGACCAAGAUUGCCCUCAGGACCGUCAGGACCUUGAUUGCCAGCUGUCCUGCCCUCACCUACCUCAACCUCUCGUCCUGCCGCCAGUUGCCCCGGGGCACCAAGAAGGCCUAUCGGGGCCGGGAUGAAAUCCGCCAGUGUUUGAGUCAGCUCUUGGCCACCUCGGAGGCCCCACGGGAAGCAAUUUAAGAGCUGCGGCUCCUGAACUCUGGGGCAGCACAAACCCUUGUUUCCAAAGUUGCCAAGUUGAGCGCGCACACACAUAUAUACACACCCCGUUUUCCAGGAUGGCUGAUCCUCUACUUCUGAUUUGAAGGUGCCGUCCUCCCUCCAAAGUGGAGUCUCCCCACAGUAUCAGGAAGACAGAUAUUGAAGCACCUUUACUGUUGAGUCUUGCUUUUGUACGUAUUUCUUUUCUCUAAUAUUUGUAGAUUCAAGUUCUGCCUGAAUAAAAGGAUUUUUCUGUAA